GGGCUCAAGCUGGUCAACGGGCGGCUGUCGGCGUCGGCCUCGCAGUCGCCGUCGCACGCUCAGUCGGUGGAGGAGAUCCGAAGCGGUGGCGGGGGGUUCGCUCAGUCGGCGCGCUCUUGUUUCUCGCGCGAUGACUCGGUCAAGAUCAGCAUCGAGAACACGGACUCCCUGGUGACAGCCCUCGACGACGAGACGCUCCUCCUGACCGAGCUCGGGGGCCCGGACAUGUACAACCACCGGGGCAGCGGGAAGGUCCACUUCACCGGGGGUGGGCAACCGGACGAGUUCUCGCUCUACGGCACGCCUAAGGAGGAGCCCGGGCCGCUCCCGAUGGGGCACCACGCGGGCCACGGGCCGUCCGGCGCCGGGCACCACGGCGGGGGCCACGGGGCCCUCGGCACCAGCGCCAUGGGCCUCGGGAGCCACGACCCGAGCAGCAAGCAGAGCUUCCUCAAGAACCAGCUCCAGGCCCUCUUCCAGCCGACGGACAACAAGCUGGCCAUGAAGCUCUUCGGCUCCAAGAAGGCCCUCAUGAAGGAGCGCAUACGGCAGAAAGCCGCAGGCCACUGGGUCAUACACCCUUGUUCCAGUUUUCGAUUUUAUUGGGACCUAUGUAUGUUGUUAUUAUUGGUAGCCAAUUUAAUAAUCCUGCCUGUAGCCAUAUCGUUUUUUAACGAUGACCUAAGCACUAGAUGGAUCGCCUUCAACUGCCUCUCAGACACCAUCUUUUUAAUAGAUAUUGUUGUUAAUUUUAGAACUGGAAUCAUGCAGAAGGAUAAUGCAGAACAAGUUAUUUUAGAUCCUAAGUUAAUAGCAAAAAAUUAUUUGAAGACAUGGUUCUUCCUAGACCUAAUAAGUUCAAUCCCUUUAGAUUAUAUUUUCCUAAUUUUUAAUCAGGAUUUUAGUGAAAGUUUUCAAAUUUUACACGCGGGCAGAGCGCUGCGGAUUCUUCGAUUAGCCAAACUUCUUAGCUUAGUGAGAUUGCUCAGACUUUCAAGACUGGUCCGAUAUGUUAGCCAGUGGGAGGAGGUCUAUUUUUUGAAUAUGGCCAGCGUGUUCAUGAGGAUCUUCAACCUUAUCUGUAUGAUGCUUCUCAUUGGACAUUGGUCCGGGUGCCUUCAAUUUCUUGUUCCUAUGCUUCAAGGUUUUCCAUCUAAUUCUUGGGUGGCCAUCAACGAGCUUCAGGAGGCGUACUGGCUGGAACAGUACUCUUGGGCGUUAUUCAAGGCCAUGUCGCACAUGUUGUGCAUCGGGUAUGGGCGCUUCCCGCCGCAGUCACUGACGGACAUGUGGCUCACCAUGCUCUCCAUGAUCAGCGGGGCCACCUGUUACGCGCUCUUCUCAGGUCACGCUACCAACCUCAUCCAGAGCUUGGAUUCUUCAAGGAGACAUUACCGGGAAAGGGUAAAACAAGUUGAGGAAUACAUGGCUUACAGGAAGCUGCCGAGGGAUAUGCGGCAAAAAAUUACAGAAUAUUUUGAACAUAGGUAUCAGGGUAAAUUCUUCGACGAGGAGGCCAUCCUCGGAGAACUUUCUGAGAAACUUAGAGAGGAUGUAAUUAAUUAUAAUUGUAGGUCUUUAGUCGCUUCAGUUCCAUUCUUUGCCAACGCUGAUUCAAAUUUUGUCUCUGAUGUUGUUACGAAACUUCGAUACGAGGUCUUCCAACCAGGUGAUAUAAUCAUUAAAGAGGGGACGAUCGGGAACAAGAUGUACUUCAUCCAGGAGGGGAUCGUGGACAUCGUCAUGGCCAACGGGGAGGUGGCGACGAGCCUGAGCGACGGCUCCUACUUCGGCGAGAUCUGCCUGCUCACCAACGCCCGGCGGGUGGCCAGCGUCCGCGCCGAGACCUACUGCAACCUCUUCUCCCUCUCGGUCGAGCACUUCAACGCCGUCCUCGACCAGUACCCGCUCAUGCGCCGCACCAUGGAGUCCGUCGCAGCCGAAAGGUUGAACAAGAUCGGGAAGGACCCGAACCUCCUGUCGCACCACAAGGAAGAGGAAGAAGAGGGUGAUGAGAGCGAGUCGGAGAGCAAGACGAUCAACGCGGUGGUGAACGCCCUCUCGGAGCAGGCGGACCACGCCAACACCUCCAUCGAGCCGAUCGGGAUCGGGGCCCGGAGCCUCCUGACCGAGCUCGGCAAGAGCCUCCACAUCCUCACGGCCAGCCUCCCCAAGCCCCGCUCCGAGAACAACUUCGCCUCCAUCCCCGAGCUCCAGGACCGCAUCGGCCAGGGUAACCGGCCCUCCUUCCACAAGUCCGACACCAUCCAAGUCUCCGCCUCGUCCUCCGCACAGCAAUGACGCCACACCCUCGCACACCCCCCCUAAGAGUGUUCCACCUCCCGUUGACCUCAUCCACGAAUCCUAGAUCCGCACGAGUCCGAGACCAGGAGAGACCCUCCAUUGAUGGUUCGAGAACCAGAAAACGAUUACCGGGUGAAAAAGCUCCCAUUCUAGGUCCGUCGAAAGUUCCGGGAUUCAGAACUUUUUUGUUCCAAAAUCUCCCGCUCCAUAACCGUCAAAAAUUCCGGGAUUCUUUUUAG